AUGACGUUUCUGGUGUGGAUCAAAACGAGUAUUCAGGUUUCUGGUGUGGAUCAAAACGAGUAUUCAGGUUUCUGGUGUGGAUCAAAACGAGUAUUAAGGUUUCUGGUGUGGAUCAAAACGAGUAUUAAGGUUUCUGGUGUGUUAUGUGAGAGGCGCCCCGCCAUGCUGCACAGACGCCCGCCCAGCCUGCUGCUGCUGCUGCUGCUGCUGCUGGUUGGCCGUGCCAGGAGUGUGACCCAUGAUGACCUGGAGGGUGAGCCAGGGCGACGCGGCGGACGGGGGGGUGGUGGGGCGGUCCCUGGUGACGGGCGAGGCGCAGCAGAACACCGCCCAGGGGAACUCCGCUCUGAAGACAGCUCCCGGAGAGGAGGAGAGAAGGAGGAGGAGGAGGAAGGUGGUGAUGAGGGCGGGGUGCCGGCCGAGGCGAAGAGCUUGAUCCUGCUGGACGAGGACACGGCACACAACCACAACUACGUGCUGGAGGAGGCCGCCACCGCCACCGCCGCCGCCGCCACGCCGGUGCGGAAGUGCUGCGAGCUAGGGUUCUUCUUCAGCCUGCAGACGCAGCAGUGCGAGGCGGCGCCGGUGGACCUGGGCUUCGAGGACAUCGUGCAGAGUCUGCGGCACCUGGACGCCAGCAGCCACGGGCCCGUGCACCUGCAGACCGGCCUGCUGCCCACCUGUCCCGGCACGGGCAGGACGCCCGUCAUCAGCGAGGUGGUGCACGGCUCACACCUGCUAGUGGAGCACGGCUUCCUGCGCAGCGAGGUGACAGGCCACGACCAUGACCACGACCACUACUGCCUGGAGGUGGCGGCGCCGGGGUCCGGCCAGCUGGAGGCCAGUAUCGUGGUGGCGGCACAGUGCCAGCCGUGGCCCACCAAGAUCCUGACCAGGAAGUGCUGCGCCCUGGACCAGUACUACGACCACGCCCUGGAGGAGUGCCGCCCAAAGCUGGCCAACAUGAGCGGCCACGAGACGCUGGUGAGGGAGUUCAUCCGCAGCGAGAGUGCCGUGUCGUCCAUCAGUGUGCAAACCGGCACGCUGCGCUGUGACCGCGGGGCACCCUCCAUCGUGGUGGCCGACCAGGCCUUCCUCGACGCCUCCAGCCAUCUGUGCGAGCGUCUCACCGGCAAGUGCCACACCACCUCCUCCUACUGCGUGGAGUACCUCUGGGCAGCGGGCGACACCACCAUGACCGCCGUGGCCUCCGUCUGCCCCGUCGAGGCCUUCCACAAGUGCUGUCCCAGCGAGUACGUCCUCACCGAGACGGGAUGUGCGCUGGCUGGUCCCGGGGAGGUGUCGGCGCGCAUGCGGCAACUACUGGAGGUGCUGGAUCCCCACUACGGCUUCCCCACGGAGAACGGCGGCCAGCUGUGCGUUCAGGAGCUGAUCACUCCCGACGACGCUGACGUGCAGUGGUGGAUCAGCAAGAACGGCUACCUGUCGGUGGACACCCGCGGCGACAGCCACGACACCAUGCGCUACUGUGUGGACGACUACGUGGGCCCCUCCAACAAGACGCAGACUGUGGCCGUGCUGUGCCACGCCGAGCUGGAGGAACUGGUGCACGUGCACCUCUCCCUGCACCCCAACCAGGAGGGCACGGUGGGCAAGUGCUGCCCCCAGGGUCACUACUUUAGUUCCACCACCAACACCUGCUACCCGGACGACCAGGGCAUGGACCUGCUGGACCACCCUUACGUGCGGGCCGCCAACGUCACCAAGCUAACCUUCACGUCCUUCCCAGAGUGCCAGGUGCCCGGCGGCUACCACCACUACUACGUGGACCCUGACCUGCUGGCGGACGACCACGCCCUGCUGUCCCUGGACCACAUGGUGGAGGUGGUGGGGCUGGAGUCCGGCUGUGUGUUCACGCGCCAUUCCUUCCCCAGGCACGCCUAUUGCCUCGACUACACCGUCAACGGCACCGACCGCCGCCCCGGCGUGCUGGUGUGCCCCGGCAUGUGGCAGGGGUACAACCUCCACUCAGAGAAGUUUGGCCUCACCGGCAUCCUGCUCGGCGUGUCCUGCGCCGCGCUCUUCGCCACGGCAUUCUCUCUCAUCUCCACACGCGUCAGGCGGGGACUCGUCACCGUCAAGAAGGUGAACACGCUGGCGGGGCGCAUCCUGCUGAGCUACGUGUUCUCCUACCUGGUGGGCUUCCUGCUCCUGAUGGUGAACAUGAAGGUGGAGGUGAAGGAAGGAAACAGCGAGUGCCAGGUUAUAGCGUGGCUCCUCAUCUUCUUACUGCUGGCAGCCUUUCAGUGGAACACCUCCAUCUGCCUCGAGUCGCUGCUCCUGACGCUGCACGUGGAGACUUCUGAGACUCUGCGCUACCUGUACCAUUCCCUGUGGGCGUGGGGGAUUCCUGCCUUCAUCGCCUCCCUCGCCAUCACCCUCGACCACUACCGGCAGUCCCUCCCUUGCAGCGUCAUCACUCCCAAAGUUGGUCUCUACAGGUGUUUCUUCUCAGAUCCGGCAGCUACCCUUGUCUACUUCUACGCCCCAAUGCUGAUCAGUCUGGUGGCUAACAUGGUGCUGCUGCUGGUGAGUCGCUACGUGCGUGCUGAGAAACUGAGGCGGCUGGAGUGUGGCCCGGCACGAAACCAAGCACAAGAGCGAGAUGGAACAGAGAUGCAGGGGCGCGGCGACCCUGGGAAGGCCCCCUCUAACGGAACACGCCCCGCUCAAUCUGGCCUCAGAACCCACCAGACCCGUAAUAUGUGGCUGGAGUCGGUGAAGCUGGUGGUGUGGUCCGGCGUGACGUGGCUGCUGGAGGUGCUGAGUUUCAUCAUCACCAAGUACAUGGUGACGCCGUCAGAGUCGUGGUACGACUACCUGUGGUACGUGCCGUCCAGCGUGAACGCCCUGCGCGGUGUAGGCAUCUUCGUGAUCCUGGUGCUGACGCCGGAGCGCCGCGUACAGAUCCGCCGCACGCUGCUGGGCCUGGCGCGCCACUCCGGCAUGAGUCGCUUCACCAAGUCAGGGAAGAGUGACGAGCCGAGCAGCACCAGUGGCAGGCACGGCACGGACAUGCCCUCCUCAGGUGUCGGGGCGUCAGAGGUAGGCGGAGGCGGCGGGCCCGGGCGGCGGCACAUGUCAAUAGCCACGACUAUAACCCAGCUGUCCUCCGUCAGAAGCUCACACUCCAAUGAUUCUCGAUCAGAUUGUGCCGGGCCUGUACGCACCGCGGCCUCGACGCACCCGCAUCUGGCGACCUCUGUCAGCCAGGUGGACACGCGCCGCAGCUCGCUCUCCUCGCAGUCCUCCGACGGUGAUGGAUCCGAACUGGACCUUGAGGCCGGCGCUGGGGGUCGUCGUCGCUCAUCACUGGCCACCUUCGGGGUAGUGUCCCUGCCCAGCGUGCACGAGGAGGACGACGGGGCGGCCUCCCUCGCCCCGGACAACACGUCAGAGGCCUAGCGCUGCUGGCCACCGCAUUCACCGCCACGCCACGCCCAGUGCCUCGCACUUGGUGACGCUGCUGGUGACGACGGUGAUGAGAAAGGUGCUUGGAGAUAACUCUUGGUUACACACACACACACACACACACACACACACACACACACACACACACACACACACACACAGCGGCUGUGACCUUGAAUAAUGCGGCCAGUUACCAGUAAUGAGGUGUGUCCUGCACUAACACAGCUGUGACCCACUAAACCCUGCCGUGCUGCCAUGCUGCCAUGUUGCCAUGCUCCAAGACACCUGUCACAUAAAAAGCCAAGCUGUGACACAAAUAACCCAUCUAUGACACAAAACAAGCCAGCUGUGACACAAAUAACCCAGCUGUGACACAAAACAAGCCAGCUGUGACACAAAUAACCCAGCUGUGACACAAAACAAGCCAGCUGUGACACAAAUAACCCAGCUGUGACACAAAACAAGCCAGCUGUGACACAAAUAACGCAAUUGUAAUCCCAAAUAAGCCAGCUGUGACUCCAAAAAUAACCCAUCUGUGACACAAAGCAAGCCAGCUGUGACACAAAUAACCCAGCUGUGACACAAAACAAGCCAGCUGUUACACAAAUAACGCAAUUGUAAUCCUAAAUAAGCCAGCUGUGACCACAAAAAUAAGCUAGCUGUAAGCCAAGCCAGCUAUGACACAAAUAACCCAGUUGUGACAUAAAAAAGCCAGCUGUAACCCAAGCCAGCUAUAACCCAAGCCAGCUGUGAUCUAAGCCAGCUGUGACCCCAAACAAGGCAGAUACAACUCUAAAUAAGCCAGCUGUAACGCAAAAUAGACCAGCUGUGACACAAAAUAAGCCAGCUGUAACCCCAAAUAAGCCAGCUGUAACGCAAAAUAAUCCAGCUGUGACACAAAAAAGCCAGCUGUAACCCAAGCCAGCUGUGACCCCAAACAAGCCAGCUGUAACGCAAAAUAACCCAGGUGUGACACAAAGUAAACCAGCUGUAACCCAAAAUAAGCCAGCUAUAACCCCAAAUAAGCCAGCUGUAACGCAAAAUAACCCAGCUGUGACAAAAAAGCCAGCUGUAACUCAAGCCAGCUAUAACCCAAGCCAGCUGUGAUCUAAGCCAGCUGUGACCCCAAACAAGCCAGCUGUAACCCUAAAUAACCCAACUGUAACACAAAAUAGACCAGCUGUGACACAAAGUAAGCCAGCUAUAACCCCAAAUAAGCCAGCUGUAACGCAAAAUAACCCAGCUGUAACACAAAAAAGCCAGCUGUAACCCAAGCCAGCUAUAACCCAACCCAGCUGUGAUCUAAGCCAGCUGUGACCCCAUACAAGCCAGCUACAACCCUAAAUAAGCCAGCUGUAACGCAAAAUAACCCAGGUGUGACAAAAAAGCCAGCUGUAACCCAUGCCAGCUGUGAUCUAAGCCAGCUGUGACCCAAACCAGAAGUGACCUCAUGAAAAAAAAAGACAGGAAGAAAACGGAAUGUUGUGUAAUACAGUGCCAAAUAGAAAACGGUAGUAAUGAUGUAGGGAGAGACAAAAAAAUAACGUAGUGCGCCCUUGAAAUGUUUGUGUUUUGUUGAUUUAUCGUAGAAAAUGUGCCAUGUAUACUUAGUACGUGUGUGUGUGUGUGUGUGUGUGUGUGUUUGUUUGUUUGUUAUUACGUGCAUGUUGUUGUUUUGUUAUUUAUUCAUUUGUUGUGGUGAUAUUUCUCUCUCUCUCUCUCUCUCUCUCUC